AUGGGCCGGCCUUCGCUCCACACGUGCAUCAAUGAGCCUCUGGCACCCACGACCCUGUCGCCGGUACACCAGUUGUCCUUCCUUGGACGACUUUCGGCAGGAUGGAGGUUCUACUGGUACAAGACUGUUCCUGAUGGAUCACAGCACUCCUACAACUAUGAGCUGCUCCCUGGAAGCAGCAGUGGAACUAGAAGGGAUUCCUACAUCGUCCAUGGAUGGAGGUUCUACUGGUACAAGGCUGUUCCUGAUGUAACGGACAAUGCCAAUUAUGAUUACGGAUAUGACCAGAUCAUUUUUACCACAUGGUCAGAUAUACAUGACCCCUACAGCUAUGAGCUGCUCCCUGGAAGCAGCAGUGGGACUGAACAGGAUUCCUACAUCGUCCAUGAUGUUCAUCCAUCAGCGUCUCUCACAGUGAUUCCUGACAGAGUGCAGCACUUCACGUACGACUCUGUCUUUGUGAGCUGUGAGGGAACCUCUGCUGAGUGGAGGGUGAGGGGGAUUAUUGAUGAUGGCUCCCUGUCAUCCUGCUCUGACUGGAGGAUGCUGAACAGAUCCACAUUCAAAAUAGAAACUUACAACCCCAGUAAUGCAGUGUACUGGUGUGAAUCUGAAUCAGGAGAGUUCAGCAAUGCAGUCAACAUCACUGUACAUGAUAAAGGUGUUAUCCUGGUGAGCCCUGCCCAUCCUGUGACCGAGGGAGGGUCUGUUACUCUUGGCUGCAAAUUACAGAAAUUAAAGAGGGCGCAGUAUCCAUCCCGCGUGGUUUUCUAUCACAAUGAUAAAAUCGUCCAAGACGACAUCAGGGUGAAACUGAAUAUCACUGCGGUGUCAAAGUCGGAUGAAGGCUUCUACAGGUGUGAAUAUUCGGGAGAAAAAUCACCGCAGAGUUGGAUAUCGGUCAGGUCAGCCGGAGGUGAUGUGUGCAUCUGUGAAUCAGAUCGUCCAAAAACAUGA